AUGGAAGGUAAUCGUAAGGAGGAAUGUUUGGUAGAUGACAUGGUAUUCGAGAUACUAACGUGGGUUCCAGCUAAGUCUCUCAUGCGAUUUAAAUGUGUUUGUAAAGCCUGGAAUGAUUUGAUACGACAUGAUUUGAUCUUUGUCAAGUCUCACAUUGCUCGUUCUAGAGACCGUCCUCUAGCCACCCGUCUUUUAUACCAAAUGUAUAUAAAAACACCUCAUAUUCCCCAACACUACGUAAACGAUUCAACAAGGUUUACUAAUAACCAACCACCACUUGAACUAUUCCCUUUACAGCUAGUAGGUAGUCGUAAUUAUUUCGAGUAUGGCGACAUUUUUAUUUGCUCAAAUCAUUGCAAUGGCCUUGUUUGUUUGUACAACGGUAAAGAUAGUCAAGGUUUGUUGUAUAACAUAACAACAGGGGAAAUAAAAGCAUUGCCAUUUUCGUUGGGAUAUAAACGAAGAUGGGAUCGUCCAGAACUGUAUCUAGGAUAUGAUCCAGCUACAGAAAGAUACAAAUUGCUUCGUAAUCGUAUUUACUACAAGAAAAGGCCAUGUAUAAAGAUUCGAACUCUAGGAACUAACACAUCAUGGAGAAGAAUUUGUGAAAAUAGCCCUGGUAAACUUAACAAUUUGUGUUCUGAUCGUACGUUCGUCAACGGGGUACUUUAUUGGGCUAAUGCUAAUGUUGAUUUUAUCACAUAUUUCAACUUAACAGAGGAGAAGUUUGGAACUCUAACACCUCCGGAAAGGAGUCGAGUUAACGCAAUUCAGAGUGCAUUAUGCGGAAAGUUGAUUGUGCAGCCACGAGACCAACCUGGAAACUGUAAUUUGGUGGCAUACGACGAGAUCAACAAGGUUUUUGUAAAAUUUGAUUCCGAUCCUGAUUUGUUGGCGGAGGAGAAAUUUGUAGUUCUUGAAGCAGAAAACAUUGAAAAAAGAAGAGAUAAUGGAAGAUAUAUAUUUGCAACAUCAAGCCUGACCUCAACAUAUUUGGUGUUUGCCUAUCAUUUUUGGCCAAGAUAUGUUGGCAUAUUUGUUGAAAACAUUAUUCCAUUAUCAUUUAUUAUUGACCUUUAG